AUGGUGGAUGUAAUGUUGUUGUUGGCGGGUGGGGGGAAUGUUGUUGCUGCUGCUUCUGUUGUUGCUGUUGCCGCUGUUGUUGCUGCCGCCGCUAUUGUUGUUGCUGCCGCCGCUAUUGUUGCUGCUGCCGUUGUUGUUGUUGUUGCUGCUGCCGUUGUUGUUGCUGUUGCUGCUGCCGUUGUUGUUGCUGCCGCUGUUGUUGUUGCUGUUGCUGUUGUUGUUGCUGUUGACGCUGUUGUUUUUGCUGCCGAGGAAAUUGCCGAUGCAAUUGCCAUCAUAACUGCUGAUGAUGCAAUAAUUUAUAUAAUGACAUUAAUUCUUGAUAUGUGUUAUUAUUGGUGUCAAUGGCAAUAUAAUCCUCCAAAAGUUCCUC